GUAAUGCUUUGUAGGUGCAUAAAUACAUGUAUGCGAACUCAUGUAAGCUGUCACUCUCUGCGGAGGUGACCCAACGCUGCUGGACCUGAAUAAAAUCCUAGAGUAACCCACGACGGAGUUCGAGUCUCCUUUAACACCUGCCAUGGGGCCCACACCCCCUCAUCCCGCAGGCAGAGCGUUCAGCGGGAGUCUCUUGGGGGUGUCCAACCCCAGCUUCUGCCUCCCCUCCUGCUUGGAACCCCCCCUUACGUUGCACCCCCCCCCAGGAGAGGCCACCGUGCCCAGCACCUGGAACCAGUGACUCUGUGACAUCAGCCCCGUUGCCGAGGGCACCGCGGGCAACAGGAGCACUGCGGGCACUGUGUCGGCUGCUGCGCUGGUGGUGAGGAGCCCUCCGGUCUUGCAGCUGCAGUGAUGCAUUCGCUUCCUUUCCUCGUCCUGCUGGCCACGUGCUGGGCUGCAGGCAGCACACGGGACAGCUGUGGAGGGACCUGCGGGCUCCGGCCCACGGCUUCUCAGCACGGCACGUCGCGCGUCGUCGGUGGCACAGACGCCCAGCCAGGCUCCUGGCCCUGGAUUGUCAGCAUCCAGGAUCCCUGGGCGAUAGGCACAGGACAUAUAUGUGGAGGGUCCCUCAUCAGCCCACAGUGGGUCCUCACAGCAGCCCACUGCUUCGUCGAGGCCAGGUACAUCACCAUGUGGCGCGUGGUGAUCGGAGCCACCCAUUUGUCUCAGCUGGGCCCUGACACCCAAGUGCGCCAUAUUAAGCGGCUACUGGCUCACGAGCACUACACUAGUAUCACAGAGGAGAAUGACAUUGCCUUGCUGGAAUUGGACCAGCCUGUCCAGUGCAGCUACUCCAUACAGCUUGCCUGCGUGCCUGACGCCUCGCUGAGAGUGUCAGAGCUGAAAAACUGCUACGUCAGCGGUUGGGGGUCCACAGCUGCAAGAUCUGGAAGACCAACUGAUGUCCUGCAGGAGGCCAAGGUCCGGCUCAUCGACGUCAAACUCUGUAACAGCACCCGGUGGUACAGUGGGGCCGUCCACCCCCACAACCUGUGUGCUGGCUAUCCGCAGGGCGGCAUUGACACCUGCCAGGGCGACAGUGGUGGUCCUCUUGUUUGCAAAGAUACCAGUGCUGACUACUUCUGGCUAGUUGGAGUCACCAGCUGGGGGAAAGGCUGUGCAAGAGCAAGACGGCCCGGAGUCUACACCUCCACUCAGCACUUUUACGACUGGAUCUUGGUACAGAUGGGGCUGCACCCAGCACUAACGGCUGCUCCAACACCACAGCCAGUCUUCACACCACAGCCAGUUUUCACUUCAACCCCCUUUCAGAAGCCAAGUCCAGUACCAACGCAAGAGAGCGGCUUUACAUCCUGUCUAUUUCCACGCCAGAAGCUGGUGGAAUUCUUUAAUCUGCUGCAGGAGCUCCUGCAGGUCCUAAGAGGAAAAAAGGCUUGAGUAGCCAGAUGAAUGGGAUCCAGUGCAGGCUGCAGUGUACCAUGACCAUUCCCUUCUGGGGCAAUGCCUGCUGAUCCGAUGGCAGCCUCAGUGUCAAAGGCCUCUUCUGUCCUGUCCCUGCUCACAAAUGCUAGAGUACACACAAAUGCUUAAGUUGCCUUAGUUCUUGAAAUAAAGUUAACAGUUUUCACAGCUAA